AGAAGAAGGCGAAGAAGAGCUCUGGUUCCCUGACAGUCGUCAACAUGGCGUUCAGUUUUGGCGGUGCUGCGACCAACACAGCGGCAGGCACCUCCGGGUUUUCAUUUGGUCAGUUUGGUGCCAAAACGACAGCUUCAACGACGUUUGGUUUUAACCCGACAGCCACCACGACCACCGCCUCUUCAGGGUUUGGCACUCUGACAGCUCCUGCUUUUGGCACAGCUACAACCACGGCUGCAGCGGCCCCAGGGUUUGGUUUUAGCUCCACCAACACUGGAUUUGGGGGGCUUGGAGCUGGAAGCACUACAGCUGGUGGGUUUAGUUUUGGGGGGUUUGGUUUAAAUGCGAACCCAGCAGCAAUCAGCCUCAGUGUAGGUUGCUUUGGUACGGCAACCACAACUGGCUCUAUUUUCAAUUUUGGUAAUAGCCUGGCUAGUACAGGGGCAUUUGGAGGAUUUGGGACCACUACAACGACUGCUACUGCACCAGGAUCCACUUUCAACUUUGCUUCCUCCAACACAACAGGAGGUCUGUUUGGAAACACACAGAACAAAGCUUUUGGGUUUCCAUCUGGGCUUGGAACUGGUACCACCACUGGAGCAACAGGCUUUGGAACUGGAUUAGGAACGACUGGCCUCGGGUUUGGAGGUUUUAAUAUCCAGUCAACCGCACAGCCACAAGGAGGCUUGUUUGGCCAGCCAGCCCAGCAGCUGGGUCAAGCACAGCCCACCCAGCUUUACCAGCAGGUCACCGCUCUGUCGGCCCCCACCCUGUUAGGAGAUGAACGGGACUCCAUACUCGCAAAGUGGAACCAGCUGCAGGCCUACUGGGGAACAGGGAAGGGCUACUAUGCUAAUAACAACCCGUCAGUGGAGUUCACUCAGGAGAACCCGUUCUGCAGGUUCAAGGCAGUUGGCUAUAGCUGUGUUCCAGUAAGCAAGGAUGAAGAUGGGUUAGUCGUGUUGAUUCUGAAUAAAAAGGAACCUGAUGUACGUGCUCAGCAGCAGCAGCUGGUCGAGUCGCUGCACAAGGUUCUAGGAAGCAACCAAACUCUCACCGUCAACGUGGAGGGUGUUAAAGCUCUGCCCAACGAUCAGACAGAGGUGAUCAUUUAUCUAGUGGAACGUUCCCCCAACGGUACCUCCAAGAGGAUCCCAGCUUCCACCCUCUUUGGGUUUCUGGAGCAGGCCAACAUUAAGGCUCAGCUCGGCCAGAUUGGAGUGGUCAUGUCAGUCACGCGAACAGAGCUGACCCCAGCACAGCUGAAGCAGCUGCUGCAAAACGCUCCUGCAGGAGUGGAUCCCAUCAUUUGGGAACAAGCAAAGGUGGACAACCCUGACCCAGAGAAGUUAAUUCCUGUGCCCAUGGUCGGUUUUAAGGAGCUGCUCCGCAGACUACAGAUCCAGGAGCAGAUGACCAAACAACACCAAACCAGAGUGGAUAUAAUCUCCAAUGACAUCAGUGAGCUGCAGAAAAACCAGGCAACAACUGUGGCAAAGAUUGCUCAGUACAAAAGGAAGCUGAUGGAUCUCUCUCACAGGGUGCUGCAGGUCCUGAUAAAGCAGGAGAUUCAGAGAAAAAGCGGCUACGCUAUCCAAGUGGAUGAGGAGCAUCUCAGAGUGCAGCUGGACACCAUUCAAUCAGAACUCAAUGCACCCACACAGUUCAAGGGUCGAUUGAAUGAACUGAUGUCCCAAAUUCGAAUGCAGAACCACUUUGGGGCCGUGAGAUCAGAAGAGCGCUACAAUGUGGAUGAAGACCUCCUCAGAGAAAUCAAACAACACUUAAAGCAGCAGCAAGACGGUCUAAGUCACCUGAUCAGCGUCAUCAAAGAUGAUUUGGAAGACAUCAAACUCAUAGAACAUGGACUAAACGACGGUGGACACAUGAGAGGGGGCAUCUUAAGCUGAGCGGUCCUCUCCAAUCGCAACGUGUGUUCAGACCUUUAGUAAAUCUGAAAAGGAAAAAACUUCUUACCCAGACCAACCUUCACCAUAGAGGGAUGUCAGCUCAUGUUUAUCACAGUUUUGCAGCUUGUAUAAUUGAAUGUUCAUUGCUGUCUGGACUCAGAUUAAAGAAUUAUUACCAGUGUCUAAUAAAAGCAGGAUACCCUCAGGUAAAAUCAGAUUAUGGAUGUUGGGUUAUUAAUGUGUCUGGCAAGUAAACAGGCUGAGAGUGUGCGCCGUGCUUUAAAGCAAUGUAAAUACAUCUUUGUAUUUCUUUUUUUUUAAUGCUGGUAAAAGACUAAUAAAUUUUCUUUGAAUUAAAUUUAUAUUAUUG